GCCGGGGGAGGCGCUCCCGGCUGCUGAGGGCGGAGGGCGGUGGCAGCACUGGCGCUGGGGACCGGCUCCGUGGCUUCGGGAAACAGUUGGGCGACGGCGGCCGCUCGCUUUGCUCCGUCUCCCGCCCUGGGCACGGCUCGCAGCCCUCUUGCCACCGGCGUCCGGCAAUGUGUUCCACAGGCCGGGCGUAGCAGCUGCGCGUGCGCGGAACCGCGGGGCCAUGAGCAAAGCCGGCGGCGGCCGGGGCUGCGGGUCCUUGGUCCCCCAGCGAGCGCCAUGGAGCCUGGUGGCAGCGACGGCCGCACUCUGCCUGGUGUCGGCCACGUCCGUGGGGACGGCGGGGGCGGCGCCCAUGAGUAGGGAGGAGAAACAGAAGCUUGGGAAUCAAGUACUGGAAAUGUUUGAUCAUGCUUAUGGUAACUAUAUGGAACAUGCUUACCCAGCUGAUGAACUCAUGCCUUUAACCUGCAGAGGUCGUGUCAGAGGCCAGGAGCCAAGUCGGGGCGAUGUUGACGAUGCCUUGGGAAAAUUUUCCCUGACUCUGAUUGAUUCUUUGGACACUCUUGUGGUAUUAAAUAAAACUAAAGAAUUUGAAGAUGCGGUGAGAAAAGUUUUAAGAGAUGUUAAUUUAGAUAAUGAUGUAGUUGUAUCAGUCUUUGAAACAAACAUCAGAGUUCUUGGAGGUCUUUUGGGUGGACACUCAUUGGCAAUCAUGCUCAAAGAAAAAGGGGAGUACAUGCAGUGGUACAAUGAUGAACUUCUUCAAAUGGCAAAGCAAUUGGGUUACAAACUUUUACCAGCAUUCAAUACUACCAGUGGCCUUCCUUAUCCAAGAAUUAAUUUAAAGUUCGGUAUCAGAAAACCAGAAGCUCGGACAGGCACUGAGACCGAUACCUGUACAGCGUGUGCAGGUACCUUGAUCCUUGAGUUUGCUGCUUUAAGUCGAUUCACAGGAGCAACAAUAUUUGAGGAAUAUGCAAGAAAAGCUCUUGAUUUUCUCUGGGAAAAAAGACAGCGAAGUAGUAAUUUAGUGGGUGUGACUAUAAAUAUUCAUACUGGCGAUUGGGUACGAAAAGAUAGUGGAGUUGGAGCAGGCAUUGAUUCCUAUUAUGAAUAUCUAUUGAAAGCCUAUGUCUUGCUUGGAGAUGACAGUUUUCUGGAAAGAUUUAAUACACACUAUGAUGCCAUCAUGCGGUACAUCAGCCAGCCACCUCUCCUACUCGAUGUGCAUAUCCACAAGCCGAUGCUGAAUGCGCGCACGUGGAUGGAUGCUUUGCUUGCCUUUUUUCCAGGUUUGCAGGUCUUAAAGGGGGAUAUUAGGCCUGCUAUUGAAACUCAUGAAAUGUUGUAUCAGGUGAUUAAAAAACACAAUUUUCUACCAGAGGCAUUUACCACAGAUUUCAGGGUACAUUGGGCUCAACAUCCUUUAAGGCCAGAAUUUGCAGAAAGUACCUACUUCUUAUAUAAAGCUACAGGAGACCCUUACUACCUUGAAGUAGGGAAAACACUUAUUGAAAAUUUAAAUAAAUAUGCUAGAGUGCCUUGCGGAUUUGCUGCCAUGAAGGAUGUUCGUACUGGAAGUCACGAGGACAGAAUGGAUUCCUUCUUCUUGGCUGAAAUGUUUAAAUAUCUUUACCUGUUAUUUGCGGAUAAAGAAGACAUUAUUUUUGACAUAGAAGAUUACAUCUUCACAACCGAAGCUCACCUGUUACCUCUUUGGCUCUCUACUACAAAUCAAAGCGUCUCUAGGAAGAACACAACUUCAGAAUACACAGAACUGGAUGACAGUAAUUUUGAUUGGACUUGUCCAAAUACUCAGAUUCUCUUCCCUAAUGACCCAUUGUAUGCGCAGAGCAUUCGUGAACCCUUGAAAAAUGUGGUGGAUAAGAGCUGUCCUAGAGGGAUUAUCAGAGUAGAGGAGAGUUUCAGGAGUGGAGCUAAACCCCCUCUGAGAGCCAGAGAUUUCAUGGCCACUAACCCUGAGCAUUUAGAAAUCUUGAAGAAGAUGGGGGUGAGUUUGAUUCACCUCAAAGAUGGGAGAGUCCAGUUGGUUCAACAUGCAAUCCAAGCUGCUAGUUCAAUUGACGCUGAAGAUGGGUUGAGGUUCAUGCAGGAGAUGAUUGAAUUGUCGAGUCAGCAACAAAAAGAACAGCAGCUCCCUCCACGAGCUGUACAGAUUGUGUCCCACCCGUUUUUUGGCAGGGUCGUACUGACAGCUGGGCCAGCUCAGUUUGGGCUAGAUCUGUCUAAGCAUAAAGAGACAAGAGGAUUUGUUGCAAGCAGUAGACCAUACAAUGGUUGUUCAGAGCUUACCAACCCCGAGGCAGUGAUGGGAAAAAUUGCUUUGAUACAAAGAGGACAGUGCAUGUUUGCAGAAAAGGCACGCAACAUCCAGAAUGCUGGAGCCAUCGGGGGCAUUGUCAUCGAUGACAAUGAGGGGAGCAGCAGUGAUACUGCCCCUCUGUUCCAGAUGGCAGGUGAUGGGAAGGACACAGAUGACAUCAAGAUCCCAAUGCUUUUCUUAUUCAGCAAAGAAGGAAGUAUCAUACUGGAUGCUAUCCGGGAAUAUGAGGAGGUAGAAGUGCUCCUUUCUGACAAAGCGAAAGAUCGAGCAGCAAUAUUAAAAGGUAAAAUGAUUCCAAGCUACAUUAUUAAUAGUAAUCCUGAGAUGGAAAAUGAAGAACAGCCAUCCUCUGAAAAUGACUCUCAGAAUCAGAGUGUGGACCCGGUUGUAUCAGGUUCUCAGGAGGUGGAGUUAGUUGAUCAAGAGUCUUCUGAGGAACGCUCGCUAAACUCUCCGCCGGAAGAAUCAUUAUCUCCCACAGACACGGACGGUGCUGCAAGCGUCUCUCCUUCCGAACAGAAUUCUGAUCCCGUGGAAAACCAUGAGCCUCCCAGCCUUGAUGGUGAAUGCACAGAUUUAGAUAACCAAGUUCAAGAACAGUCAGAAACUGAGGACGAGCCCACUCCCAACGUGAGCUGGGGCAAAAAGGUACAGCCCAUAGACUCCAUAUUAGCAGACUGGAAUGAAGAUAUAGAAGCAUUUGAAAUGAUGGAGAAGGAUGAACUAUGACUCACUGAAGCAUCUCCUGGUAGGUAUUUAAAAAGAAGAGGUAAACUGUGGUUAAUGGACUCCCUCAUACCAAGCAGACUCGCCGGUGGGAGGCGGUAAGCGUGGUGAUGAGCGACCACGUUCUGACGGGGAUGGUUGGCUGGCGUAGGGAUCCAGAGCGUGCCGGGCAGGAUUGACCUUGUUUCAGACCGUCCCACCCAACAGGGAAACGCACAGUUGCCCCCUCAGAUGAGUACAUCACACCACCCGGCAGCGCCUCAGGCCAGGAAAAGCUUGCUGCACGUGCCUAGGAAGCAGAUUUCUGCAGUCUCUGGAUAGACAAGAAACAAAUUCAGUUAAUAGUGGGGUGGGAAAUAGGCAUUUGUAUUGCUUUCUAAUUAAAGGAAGCUCGGCUGUCUUGGUUUUGGGGUUAGAGGCCCUUUUGGGAAACACGAGUGUUGUGGGCAUUCUGGUUGUGCUGCCUUCACAGAAACACUCGAAGUGACCUGAGUGGUUAUGGAGCAAACGCGUUCAUGGGGAAAACUGUCUUUGCUCAUCACUUUCCCUUGCUUUGUUGUGUAACAAAUGAUCAAGAUGGCCUGACUCUUUUCCCCUUAACAAUAUCCUUUUCAUUUAAACCAAAGCUGAAGCCAAUGUACUUUUCUCAGUGAGUUCUCUAUAUAAAUACUAAUCAUUGGGACCAAGUAAAAAGGUCAGAAAAUAUAGUGGAAAUUGGUUACUUAAUAUUUUUGGAAAAUGGAGUAAGGGAGAAACUAGAAUAUAGUUGCAAUAUGAACUUGCCAUUGGGCCUUCCAUAGGGAAAGCUGUGACUACUCUGAAAUGGAACGUAAUGUUAUAUCCUUGUAGGGUAAAUUAUCGUUUUUUUCCAGUUCAUUUUUCUUAGAGGUGAUUACCUCUAGCCAUCAGCCUUACUCCAUGCCAUGUUUAGUAUGCAGUUUGAGCCACAAGGCCCAUAUCGCCAAUAACUGAAUACAUUCUCUUCCAUUUUUCUAUCUUAGGGAGCCUUGAUAAAACUGUGGUAGUGAUCUAAAAAUCCUGGGGUAACUAUUUUUUUUUCUCCUUUAAAACUAUGGUUUCUAAAGUUGUACUUCAGGAGUCUGUCACAUUUUCUGUCAAAGCAUGGUUUUUAAGUUUGCUUUUGCUUUUUUUUUUUUUUAAACAAAUAUUCCUUCUGAUACGCACUUGAAAAUUAGUCUAUGGUAACCUGUGUAAAAAACUUACACAGUAGCAACUAACAUAUAGCCAUAUAGAUGGAUGAGAAUUUUUUUCAUUUUUUUUUUCUUUUUUGUGGCAGGCUGGUGCUGGCCACACUUAAGUUUUAAAAAAACUUUGUUGUUGACAUUUGUAGAUAGCCCUGUAGUUAAAAUCAUGGCUUAACUCAUUUUAUUUAUUUUUGAAAACCUGAAUCAGUCUAAAGGAAUAUUUGUGAGACUUAAUUUCCUUUCUCUUUACUAUGACAUUAUAUAAUAACCUUCUCGUAAAACAGUUUUGAAGUACUGAUGAACUUAAACUGUAUAUGGAGCUGUUAAAAGAACAGCAGUGCUGUAUUGUAGUUAUGUAUAUUCAUGUACAGUAUGUCUUAGAUCCCAGGUAAACAUAUUUUAUAAGGGGAUUAAUAGCUGCUUUAAAAAAAUUCCAGCUAAACUUAAUUGGGUCAGUAAGUAAUAAAUCUAAUAGAGAAGUCACUUUGGGGGGGUGGGAGGGAAAAAUCUUUAUUGGCUCUUAAUUAAACCUGACACCCAAAUGGAUAUUUUUAGUCACUGCAUGUGAAAUUUGGUGUAAGAAGAUAGAACUGUAAUACACAGAGUAUACGAAAGGAUAGAUAGACAUAGUGCUUUGUUCACCUUAAUUGCAAAGCUGCCAAAAUAGCUGAAGCUUAAUUACUUGACUUGCCUUGAUUUAUAGGACUGGGGCUUGGAGAAAGGAGCAGAUGUUCCUCUAAGAUUUUGAUUACAGAAGCCUUAUAUUCAGUGAUUUGAUUUUGUAUUUGUAGCUCAGAGCCAUUGUAGUCUAAAUCUAACUUUUCUAAGUUAUCAAAACAACAUAAUUUUUUUCCACCAAAGAUCUUGUGGCAUACAGUGAAAAGCCAGCUUACUGUCACUCUCCCUUCCUUUGGCCGUUAGGGGGAGUUGUUGCCAUUCAUUGAGGUCUAGAAGCAAAUGAUUCACUGGUUUAGAAAGUGAAUCCUCAAAAAAAAUUAUACUUAACACCCAGUAGGAAUGAAACUUGAUUUUUCCCAUUUAAGGAAAGAAGGUGUAACAUUCAGCUUCAGAACUCCAACAUUGCAAUUGACUCUACGUAUUUCUUAUUUGACAUACUGCCAUGAAGUUGUUUUUGAGUUCAUUAAAAAAUUCCAACAGCAUUAGGUUUUUUUAUGUUUUGUUUUUUUAAUUCCCUUUUAUUAUACAUUUGAUUUACUUCCUAAAGAUUCAGGGGAUCCUAUGAGACCCUGAAUUUUAGAAACAUCUGGUCUACCUCAGUAAAAUGUUGACUGCAUAGAAACAGAGCUGAAGUGGUCACCACAGCCAUAAAAUUGUUUGAAUAAGAAGGAUUUAUACAAUGUUUACAAAUCUGGAAUCAAGUAAGGAUUUUAUCUGAAAGUUAAAAGUUAAAUGUUAGAGCAAAUAUUUAAUUCAGGUAUUUUCAAGUUUUGAAACUUAACUUGUUUACCUACUAAAAAUAGCUGUAGUUUUUCUGCUUAUGAAAGUUCAUUGAAAUGAUAUACCCUAAUUUGCAAUACUUUUACCAUAAAGUUUUAGAUGUGAAAGAAUUGUAAUUUACUAGAUAUGUUAGGGAUGGGAUAUUUUCUUGGGUAGGUUUUUUUGUGUGUUUUUUGUUUCUCUGUUUAACCUUAAUAGGCUUCCAACAAGAAUAGUUGUUUCAGAACAAAUAAUUUUUUGAUAUUAUACUUUUCCCUUUCUUCACAGUAUUAGAGAGUAAAAUGAAAAAUUGUGCACGCUCUGACUUUAAUUUCUCUAAUAUAAUUACUCUCUAAAGAAUUAUUUUUAAUUCUAAUUCCAUCGCACAACGCUUUUUAUAGUAAAACCAGCAUUUGUUCUCUCACCAAACCCCAUGCCAAAUUCAUCAUAAUGAAAGCUCAGCAUCAGUAAUUCAAAUAGUGCUUAUAAUUUUUGGUGGUGGGGGGGAUGUUAGCAACUAUUCCAACCAGUCAUUUUAUGCACAAGGCUUCAGUCAGAACAUAGGAAAAAAAACAUUCUGUGAAUGAAAUAUUGCAUGUUCAGAUUUUAUAAAAGACAUUUUUAAAAGCCCAAUUUACAGCCGUAUAUUUUCUUAUGAUGUAAUUUAUGAAAAAGAUGUCUGUACUAACAGGUGCUGUAACACUACUGUUGUUGGAUUUUAUUGUUUGGUGAUAAAUGUAUACAAUAUUUCUAAGGGAAACUAUGUACUGUGAUGUAAAAGUCUGGGCAAAAUGUAUAUAAUCCUUGUAUAUAAUUGUGUAUUUGAUUAUAAUUACUGAUUGUAAAGAUUUAAUAAAACAUGUAAAUAUUCUGGUCUAGUUUUAAUUUGAAAUUUUAGCAUUAGUUUGCAUAUCUUUAUACUUUGAUAUCCUUUAAAAUUUUUUCACCUCUCUGUCUUCCCUUUAAUUUUCAUUUUACCCCAAUUUACUUGGGAGAACAUCUUAGGGUAUAGAAACACAAAC